AUGUGCGACUAUGCUUUUUCUGAAAUUGAAUGUAAAAUAAUUAAAGCCCAGAUUGAAAGAAGAGCUAAAUAUAGACAAGAAUUUUUGAGAUUGAGAACUGAUCCAUGUAAACAUUCUCUUGAGUCAGGAUUUGUUUUUGAUGAAGCUCAUCAGAGAUUUAUAUCAUUGAAAGUAACACAAUAUGAAUUCUUUAAACCCAACAUCCAUACGGCUUUGUUUGGAAUUGGAGCUGUCAUUGUACCUAUGUUUUUAUAUGGCUAUCUUAUACAUAAAGAGCGAUCAACUCGAGAAGCAAAGUGCAGAUCUGGGGAGCUUCGUUACAAAGACAGACUAUUUAAGCUGUCGUAA